AUGCACGUUAAGAACGCUUUACUUCAUCAUUCCAAUUCGAUGAAGUUCUUGAUUGUUUUUAUUGUUGCCGGUUUUUUUCCAGCUCUUAACAGUCUAGCAUGUAUAGAUCACGAUAGUGCUUUAGCGAUAAAAUUGGUGGACUUUGAUAUACUCAGUUUUAGUAGCCAACUUAAACAACUUCGUUUUACUCAAAAUGAACCUGAAUGUCGUGUGAGACUAUUAAUCAGCAUUGUUACUCAGAAGCUGAGUGUAGUUUUCACCAAACAGAUGAACAGUAUCAACUUACAAGCCGAAAUAAUUAUGUUUCUUAACAUCAUACAAUCUAAAAACGAGGAAGAUAUUGAAUUUUUAAGUGCUCUUCAAUAUGCAUGUUCAGAUUAUGAUCGCUGUGACCAACAAUUUAUUCUCGAUUAUGUUGAGUUUUUAGUGACAUUAAAAUAUACUGAAUAUCUUCAGAAUGCAAGUCCGUUGCUGAUAAAUAAAAAAAAGCCACUAGAGCAUUGCACAGGCGGCGAAAAUGCCAAUCGACUCUGUAAUCCAGGUGAUAAAUGUGUAGCAGAAUGGUCAUUAACAUCCAACAUGGCUAGAAUUCGAUGUCAGGAAAGUUCGAUUGUUGCUUUUCAGGCCGUAACUUAUAUCAAUAUUACCAGUCUUAAAAGAACUCAAGAGAACUUACUUAUGUGUAACUAUAAUGAAUGUAAUGGCAUUGGUAUUAUGAGACAAUUUGAUACACAUUUGAAAAAUUAUUACAAUCUAACAUUAAACACUAUGUUCUUUGACAAGAAUAAAUCAGUAGAACAAAUACAAACUUCAACCGCAAAUGUCGCUUCAUCGUACUCAGAAAAUUUGCAGAGAUCAUCGAUGGAAAAACAACUAUCGUCAUCAAGCAAGGUAUCGAUAAUCAUGAAUAUAACAAAACAUGUCUCUGCUUCUACCACACAAUCAUCUGUAACAACCAACAACCCUACAACCACACCCUCAUCAACCACUCCAGUUUCCAAAAAUUCUUGGUCUUUAUGGCACACUGAAAAUACAACGAUAUUCAUUGCUUUUGCUACAUUCAUCAUUUUUCUUGCUAAUUAUGACUUUCGUCUACAUUAA